AUGUGUACCAAUUUGAUGACCCUCCACGCCAGAUGUAUCAAACUAGGAGGGCUCAUCGAAUGGAGAGUUGCGGACCUCCAGAUUUGCCCACUUUCUCCGACUGCUUUUGUAGAAAAUGCCUCAUCUCCUUUUGUCCUGGCCGGGUAUGCCCACAGCACUGCUCAACCGCUUUGCCACACCCUCCCGGUGGCCCGCGACUUGGCGGCCCAAAUCGCAGAAAUUGGCUUGACGGGCGGAAACAGAGUCGGCCGGUCGGGCUGCCGACUGUCCCCUUCGUCUGCGCCAGGCGUCAAUCAACCCAAUCCGUCGAUUGUCGCAGCCUGGCCCAUCGCGAUCCCCUCAAGCUUGAGCCCGCCCUGGGGACUCGGCCUGACGAUGGGCCCCGGGAUCAAGUUCCCAACUCGACGAUGUCUGUUCGUUUGCUUAGAUUGCCUCGAUCUUUCCACAUUCGACCUGAUCAGUUGCAGCCAACAAAAGGAUGCAGCACUGGUUGGGUGGCAACCAACACAUCAGAAUCGGAAGAACCUGAACAGAGCUGAGCUUAAAACUAUUGUUCAAGAGUGCGGCUGCCCCACCGGCUACAGGCAACUGGGUCAGAACGGAGCAACGGAGAAGACCUUUUCGCCAAAUUAA